AUGUUUCCAUUAUAUUAUCAUUUAAUUUUUUCUUUUGUACUUUAUAUUUGUGGAUAUGAGCAAACUUGGGAAUGUGGGAAUGAUGAUUUUUCAAAACUUUUAAGCGAAUCAUCUAUUGAAGCAAAUUGUCCAGAAUUAAAAUGGGAGGUAAAUGGGUGUUGUAUUAAUCAUGAUUCAUGUUAUGAUAAACAACUUGGGAGAAAAAAUUGUGAUGAUACCUUUUGCGAUUGCUUAUCGCGUGUAACUAUUUCUAGUAAAAGGUGCCAUGAGGAUGAUGCUGAAAGUUUUUGCAUUUUAGUUAGAGAAUUUGGUGAAGCUGCUUAUAAUGCUUCAGCACCUCAUUUACAUGUUGAAUCUACUACAGCAAAAGUAUCAUCAAUACCUACUACUACUACUUCUACUAGGAAAUCUUUCACAAAACACAAAUCGUCAGGGAAUUUUAAUAUAAGAAAUAAUAACACGCAAUUACAAAACGGAACCCUUACAACACACCUACCUCCACGUCGACUUUCUAAGAGGCAUUUAUAA